AUGGAUUCAAUCAAUAGCAAAACAACCUUUGCUCCGAAUCAAUCUAAAGUUUUCUCUUCAUGGGAUAGGAAAAUUAGUCAAAAUUGGCAAGGAAUCAUUAUUCCCUCACUCUCUCGCCAUAACUCAAUUAAAAGGAAAGAUGCAAUCUGGUCUCCCUCGAAGCCAGACUGGGUAAAACUGAAUUUUGAUGGGGCCUCCAAAGGCAAUCCAGGCCCCUCCGGAAUAGGCUAUGUCAUCAGAGACCAAUCAGAAGCAAUCAUCGGGAAAAUGGCAAAACCAAUCCCUCCUGACACUCAUAACAUAGCAGAGUUCACCACUCUACUAUUAGGCCUGAAAGACUGCAUCAACCAUGGUGUCAAAAAUGUUACAGUGGAAGGAGAUUCGGAGACAGCAAUUAAUGCUAUAAGGAAGAAGACAACCCCCAAUUGGAGGCUUCAAGCUCUAUUGGAAAGAAUUCUAGAAAUCCUAAACAAUUUGGAACACUUCAAGGCAAAACAUAUUUAUAGAGAAGCAAAUACAGAGGCGGACGCUCUAUCAAAAGUUGCAGCUUUAGGAACCUUUAUUCACUGGUGGUCACAAGGAUCUUAG